CAAAACAGGAAAAAAACAUUCCUUUAAAAUAAUGAAUCAAACAAGCAAAAACAAAUUCCUACAAUUAGAAAUGUAACGAACAAAAAUAACGCACUUGCAGUCAUUUUCUUUCCCAUUUGAUCAAUGAACGAGCAUUUUCUUUCCUCGCAUUCUCAUGAGUCGGCGAUCAUUCCUUACUCUUGAUUCCCGCUCUAUUUUUAUUAUUAAUCCAUACAUUCAAUUGAAUUCAAUAAAUUUUGUUGAUUGUUCGAGGAUUUAAUCUCGUAGCUAUGGCGGCGGCUAAUGCACCAAUCGUAAUGCGUGAAAUUCUCACGUUGCCAAGCAUUGGAAUAAAUCCACAAUUCAUCACAUUUAAUAAUGUGACGAUGGAAUCAGAGAAGUAUAUAUGUGUACGAGAAACAUCACCGCAGAAUAGUGUUGUUAUUGUUGAUAUGAACAUGCCGAUGCAACCGUUACGAAGGCCAAUUAUGGCGGAUUCUGCUCUCAUGAAUCCAAAUACUCGAAUUCUCUCCUUGAAAGCUAAACUUCCAGGUACCACACAAGAUCAUUUACAAAUUUUUAAUAUUGAAUCAAAGACAAAGGUGACAUCACACCAGAUGCCUGAGCAGAUUGUCUUCUGGAAGUGGAUUUCUCCAAAUAUGCUUGGACUCGUGACACAGACAUCAGUAUAUCACUGGUCAAUUGAUGGGCAUUCUCAACCCGUAAAAGUUUUUGAAAGGACUGCUAAUUUGGCAAACAACCAAAUAAUCAACUAUAUUUGUGACCCUUCUGAAAAGUGGUUGGUCUUGAUUGGUAUUGCUCCUGGUUCACCUGAGAGGCCUCAACUUGUUAAAGGAAGUAUGCAGCUCUAUUCUGUUGAUCAGCAGCGCAGUCAAGCUCUUGAAGCUCAUGCCGCAUCAUUUGCCUCUUAUAAAGUCCCUGGAAGUGAAAAGCCUUCUACUCUUAUUAUGUUUGCCACUAAGUCCAUGAAUGCUGGCCAGGUUACUUCCAAGCUGCACAUCAUAGAGCUUGGUGCUCAGCCAGGAAAAGCAAGUUUUACAAAGAAACAAGCUGAUCUAUUCUUCCCUCCAGAUUUUGCUGAUGAUUUUCCAGUUGCGAUGCAGAUCUCCCAAAGAUAUGGUUUGAUUUAUGUUAUUACCAAGCUUGGCCUAUUAUUUGUGUAUGACCUUGAGUCUGCAAGUGCUGUUUAUCGGAAUCGAAUCAGUCCGGAUCCCAUUUUUUUGACAUCAGAGGCUGCAUCUGCUGGCGGCUUCUAUGCCAUCAACAGAAGGGGGCAAGUUCUUCUUGCCACUGUUAAUGAAGCUACUAUUGUUCCUUUUGUCAGUGGCCAAUUAAACAAUUUGGAGCUUGCUGUUAAUCUUGCCAAAAGGGGCAAUCUCCCUGGUGCAGAAAAUCUGUUUGUUCAGCGCUUCCAAGAGUUAUUCGCUCAAACAAAGUACAAGGAAGCUGCUGCACUUGCUGCUGAAUCUCCACAAGGCAUAUUGCGUACUCCUGACACUGUCGCAAAAUUUCAGAGUGUUCCUGUUCAAUCAGGGCAAACCCCGCCUCUCUUACAAUACUUUGGGACACUUCUGACUAGAGGAAAACUUAAUGCAUUUGAAUCUCUAGAACUAUCCCGCCUCGUUGUGAAUCAAAACAAGAAAAAUCUUCUGGAGAAUUGGUUGGCAGAAGACAAAUUGGAGUGCACUGAGGAACUUGGAGAUCUAGUUAAGACUGUUGACACUGACCUUGCUUUGAAGAUAUAUAUCAAAGCUAGAGCAACUCCUAAGGUUGUUGCUGCCUUUGCCGAGCGUCGGGAAUUUGACAAAAUUCUCAUUUACUCGAAGCAGGUCGGCUAUGCACCAGAUUACUUGUUCCUUAUCCAAACUAUUCUUCGACAAGAUCCUCAGGGUGCCGUCAAUUUUGCACUGAUGAUGUCCCAAAUGGAGGGAGGGUGUGCCGUUGAUUAUGACACUAUAACAGAUCUUUUUCUUCAGAGAAACUUAAUUCGGGAAGCAACAGCAUUUCUACUGGAUGUUUUAAAAUCAAAUUCGCCUGAACAUGGUUUUCUGCAAACAAAGGUUUUGGAAAUCAAUCUUGUUACCUUUCCCAAUGUGGCUGAUGCUAUUUUAGCAAACGGAAUGUUCAGUCACUAUGAUCGUUCUAGAGUUGCUCAGCUUUGCGAGAAAGCUGGUCUUUACAUACAAGCACUUCGGCACUACACUGAUUUACCUGACAUCAAACGUGUUAUUGUGAAUACCCAUGCGAUAGAACCACAGGCACUUGUUGAUUUCUUUGGGACACUUUCCUGUGAGUGGGCACUAGAGUGCAUGAAGGACCUUUUACUUGUCAAUCUCAGGGGCAACCUUCAGAUUAUUGUCCAGACUGCUAAGGAGUAUAGUGACCAACUGGGUGUAGAUACAUGCAUUAAACUCUUCGAGCAAUUUAAAUCAUAUGAAGGGCUGUAUUUUUUCCUUGGGUCAUAUUUGAGCUCCAGUGAUGAUCCUGAUAUUCACUUUAAAUACAUUGAAGCAGCUGCUAAAACUGGGCAGCUUAAAGAAGUGGAACGAGUUACUAGAGAGUCCAACUUUUAUGAUGCUGAAAAAACAAAAAACUUCCUGAUGGAAGCCAAGCUUCCCGAUGCACGUCCGCUGAUUAAUGUUUGUGAUCGUUUUGGUUUUGUUCCUGACCUCACACACUACCUUUAUGUAAAUAACAUGCUUCGUUAUAUUGAAGGGUAUGUUCAGAAGGUUAAUCCGGGAAAUGCACCGAUAGUUGUUGGGCAACUACUUGAUGAUGAAUGUCCUGAAGAUUUUAUCAAGGGUCUAAUACUUUCUGUUCGCUCUCUCCUUCCAGUCGAGCCACUUGUGGAGGAAUGUGAGAAGAGAAAUCGACUUCGUUUGCUCACCCAAUUUCUCGAGCAUCUUGUUAGUGAAGGAAGCCAAGAUGUGCAUGUGCACAAUGCUCUGGGUAAAAUUAUCAUUGAGAGUAACAAUAAUCCUGAGCAUUUUCUCAUGACCAACCCAUACUAUGAUUCACGUGUUGUGGGUAAAUAUUGUGAGAAGCGUGACCCGACCCUUGCUGUUGUUGCUUAUAGGCGAGGGCAAUGUGAUGACGAGCUUAUCAACGUCACAAAUAAGAAUUCUUUGUUCAAGCUGCAAGCAAGAUAUGUUGUUGAAAGAAUGGAUAGUGAUCUAUGGGAAAAGGUCCUCAAUCCUGAAAAUGAGUAUAGAAGGCUGAUCAUUGAUCAAGUUGUGUCCACUGCUUUGCCCGAAAGCAAGAGUCCUGAACAAGUUUCUGCUGCUGUUAAGGCUUUUAUGACAGCUGAUCUUCCUCAUGAGUUGAUUGAGCUUCUUGAAAAGAUUGUCCUUCAGAACUCUGCUUUCAGUGGAAAUUCAAAUCUGCAGAACCUCUUGAUUUUGACAGCCAUCAAGGCAGAUUCAUCCAGAGUUAUGGAUUAUGUCAACAGGUUGGAUAACUUUGAUGGACCCGCAGUUGGAGAAAUAGCUGUUGAGGCCAAGCUUUACGAAGAAGCAUUUGCAAUCUUCAAGAAAUUCAAUCUUAAUGUGCAGGCGGUUAAUGUGCUAUUGGAUAACAUUCAAAGCAUUGACAGGGCUGUGGAAUUUGCAUUCCGAGUUGAAGAGGAUACUGUUUGGAGCCAAGUUGCAAAGGCUCAGUUGAGGGCUGGGUUGGUCAGUGAUGCAAUCGAGUCAUUUAUACGCGCUGAGGAUGCCACACAAUUUUUGGAUGUGAUUCGUGCUGCUGGAGAUGCAGACGUCUACCAUGAUUUGGUUAAGUAUCUUCUUAUGGUUAGACAACAAAUCAAGGAGCCUAGGGUGGAUGGUGAACUCAUAUAUGCCUAUGCCAAGAUUGAUAGGUUGAGUGAGAUUGAAGAAUUCAUACUCAUGCCAAACAUUGCCAACCUCCAGAGUGUUGGUGAUCGCUUGUUUGAUGAAGCUUUAUAUGAAGCUGCAAAGAUAAUUUAUGCAUUUAUUUCCAAUUGGGCAAAGUUAGCUGUUACCUUGGUGAGGCUAAAACAAUUCCAAAGUGCUGUUGAUGCAGCACGAAAAGCUAAUAGCGCAAAGACUUGGAAGGAAGUUUGCUUUGCAUGCGUUGAUGCUGAAGAAUUCAGAUUAGCUCAAAUUUGUGGUCUUAACAUCAUUUUACAGGUUGAUGACAUGGAGGAGGUCAGCCAGUAUUAUCAGAAUAGAGGCUGUUUCAAAGAGAUAAUUUCAUUGAUGGAAAGCGGUCUUGGAUUGGAACGUGCACACAUGGGAAUUUUUACUGAGCUGGGAGUACUUUAUGCUAGAUAUCGCUCUGAGAAGCUUAUGGAGCACAUUAAGCUAUUCUCUACCCGACUGAAUAUUCUUAAACUAAUCAGAGCCUGCGAUGAACAGCAGCACUGGAAAGAGCUUACAUAUCUUUAUAUUCAGUAUGAUGAAUUUGAUAAUGCUUCUGUUACUGUAAUGAAUCACUCUCCUGAGGCCUGGGAUCACAUGCAGUUCAAGGAUAUUCUGGUUAAAGUUGCCAAUGUUGAGCUAUACUAUAAAGCUGUGCACUUCUACCUACAAAAGCAUCCUGAUCUUAUUAAUGACAUGCUUAAUGUCCUGGCACUUCGUCUAGACCAUACACGUGUUGUUGACAUAAUGAGAAAGGCAGGUAAUAUCCAUCUUGUGAAGCCAUACAUGAUAGCAGUUCAGAGCAACAAUGUCUAUGCUGUAAAUGAGGCCCUGAAUGAAAUAUAUGUUGAGGAUGAAGACUAUGAAAGAUUGCGAGAGUCAAUUGAUUUACAUGAUAACUUUGAUCACAUAGGGCUUGCACAAAAGAUUGAGAAACAUGAGCUUCUGGAGAUGAGACGCGUUGCUGCUUAUAUCUAUAAGAAGGCAGGUCGAUGGAAGCAGUCUAUUGCACUGUCAAAGAAAGAUAAACAUUAUAGAGAUGCAAUGGAAACAUGUUCGCAAUCUGGUGGGCGGGAGCUGGCUGAAGAAUUAUUAGUUUAUUUCAUACAGGAGGGAAAGAAGGAGUGUUUCGCUGCUUGCCUUUUCGUGUGUUACGAUGUAAUACGAUCAGAUGUUGCCCUUGAGCUGGCCUGGAUUAACAACAUGAUUGACUUUGCCCUCCCAUACUUAUUACAGUUUAUUCGUGAGUACACGGGGAAGAUUGAUGAACUUAUCAAGGAUAAAAUCGAGGCUCAGAAGGAAACAAAAGCGAAGGAGCAGGAAGAGAAGGAUGUUAUCGCACAACAGAAUAUGUACGCUCAGUUGCUGCCUCUUGCUUUGCCCGCUCCUUCAAUGCCGGGUUCUAUGCCUCCACCACCACCUGGAAUGGGAGGUUAUGGACCACCACUCCCCAUGGGAGGAAUGGGAGGUAUGGGUAUGCCUCCUAUGCCGCCUUUUGGUAUGCCAACAAUGGGAGGCUACUAACUUUUGUACUCCCGAAAACUUGUACGUUCUGAUCCGUGCUUGCAACAUCAGGCUGUUGAGCUUCAGCUUAAAAUUUUGCAGUGCUUCUAAUCGUUCAAAAUCAUAGCUUUGACAACUUCUAAUAAUCAAUUUAAUUUUAGGUCAAUAAGAUAAUAAUGUUAUCUUUUCAUUUUUUCAUUUAAUUAUAUCGAGUAUUAUCAUUUUUGUAUCACUCCAUUCAUUUUUUUGACCAAAAACUUAUUCUUUGUAUUGUUGUUGCUGCUGGCAAGAAAAACUAAUAAAAGUCCCUUUAGAGUUGCAAAAUGAUUUUAGAAGUCCAUUUUAUAUUUUGCGAUGGUUUCUCAGUUCAAUGCAAUUGAUUGUGGAGUAGUUUAGAUUAAAUUUUGAGCUAGUUUUGUGAAAGACAAUUAUUCGGUGAGAUGACUUCAAACAAAGAGCUUAUAUUCUCAUAAUAUGUAUGAGAUGAACUAUUUUAUCCAUGUAUAAGGCACAUCUCUUGGUGAAACUGUCUCAUACAACAAUAUGUGUUUCUGGUAUGAAUUGUGAAUCGCACAAGAGUUAGUUAUCAACUUUAAUUAAUUUUUUCUAAAAUAUGGUUAGAAAAUAAUUAAAAUUUAUAGUAUAAAGGAUUAUUUUCUCCUGAAAGCAAUCGAUUAGUUUACCUAACAUGAAUAAAUUUAAAUACUCACACUCAAACUCUGCACUCAAACCAACUAACUUUUCCUCAAGCUAAUUUAGGACCAUCAUAGACAUCUUCUCUGCCGACAAUAUGGACUAAGGUUUUCAUGUGAAGCUAAUAACUCUAUGACCAAUAAUAAUAACUUUGGCCUUAGAUUAAAUAGUCAUAAUCUAGGGAA